CUUUACAAACGUCAAAGUCAAAAUGAAAAUGACGAAAUAACAUUUUGCGAGCAAAUCAUUCAUCACAAUUAUCAUAACAAAGCGCUUCCUCUUCAACAUGAGACGUUUCUUAGCCUAAAACAAAAUAUUCCGCUUCCAAAAUUUACUUUACAGUGACGUAGAUAGAUAUCAAAAUUGACAAAAGUGUUAGCAGGGAAUGUUAUCGUGGGGGACCUUGAGUGUGUCUUUGUGCGUUUAAUGUUAUUGUUGCACCAUGGCGGAAGUUUUGGCCAACGAUUCGCCUAAAUACCGCAACAGCCUUAUAUGUUGCAGCCCUAGGACCGUCGAAGUGAGUACCAGCCCGCCAUCUUCGUCUUCAACUUCUGGAUGUGUUUCCGCGGACGAAAGCUACGACUCAAACUAUAUACCUCGGUCCGUAGCGAACAAAAAACUAAAGAUUCACAGUUCAGCGACCAAAGAAGAGAUAGAAAAGGCUAUAUUGCAGUGUAAAGAGUAUGUGUUUAGUAGCCCACAAUGCUCGGAAGAACGGAAAUGGUUUGUGCGCUAUUUAGUGGAGUUACGGCUUAGAUUAGAGGAUCUGAAAGACAAUGAGGGGGUCCUAAGGGUCCGCGUGUCGAUAAAAGGACACCACUUUGAACAGCAAACAAGUGCUAGCAACAGGAAACAAUACUGUGACCACUGCAGUGGAGUUAUAUGGAGCAUAGUGCAGAGUUCAUAUGUUUGUACCGACUGCGGUUACCUCUGCCAUUACAAAUGCGUAGACCACAUCUGCAGAGUAUGUGCUCAUGUCGUUAUGACGGACAAAGGACAGUUUGAAAUGACGAUUUGCCCUGAAAAAGGUUUGGCCGGGCAAGACUAUAAGUGUGCAGAAUGUGACACAGCGUUGACAUUUAAAGAUGCAUGGAACGAACCAAGACUCUGCGAUUACACCGGGUUAUAUUACUGUGCAACGUGCCAUUGGAAUGAUCAGUCUGCUAUACCAGCGAGAGUGGUCCACAACUGGGAUUGGGAGAAACGGUCCGUUUCUCGUAUUGGGUUCCAAAUGUUAAACUUAUCGUGGUCUAGACCAUGCAUUGACGUUGAAAGAAUAAACCCGAAGUUAUUUAAUUUCAUAGCUGAACUAGAAUGGGUACACAAAAUGAGAAGGGGCUUGGAAUGGAUGCGUCGUUACCUCUGUGCGUGUGAUAAAGGCUCAUCGUUACUAUCCCCGUUGUUCGUGCAACUGGGAGACGUCAACAAGAAGUACAGCAUGGCUCAUUUACAAGCUAUCAACGAUGGCAGCUUAGAAACUCAGUUGACAGAGUUAACGGAAGUUUGCAGAUCUCAUAUAACGAAUUGUCCUUUAUGCUCUGGUAAGGGAUAUUUGUGUGAAGUCUGUGCUAACAACGAGAUUUUGUAUCCAUUUGAUAGUGGAGCGAUAAUGUGUGAAAAAUGUAACUCUAUGUACCACAGGGGUUGUUGGUUGAGAAAAGGACAGAAGUGUCUCAAAUGUAUUCGCUUGGAAGAGAGAAAGAAACAGAUAGACGUACCGGAUCACAACGAUUCACAUUUAGAAUAUGACAUUGAUAAGUUUGUUAAUUAGUUUUUGUACCUGACUGUUUUGUUAAUUUGACUUUAAAAAUUAUAAUGUUUUUGUAAAUAUUGUUAGGUUAUUUUUUGCCAUACUUUGACUCUUGCAUUGAUAAAUGUUCAACAGACAUUAACAAUUAAUCCAGACUUAACAUUGUUGAAUUUCAUGCAGGUUAUUAAUAAAAUGUAGUUAUUAGUUUGAUAUAGAGAGAAGCAGAGCCCAAUACGGCAUGCUUUUAUUAUAAUUUUGCAUGCUAUUAACGGGAUAGUAUAAGUAAAUGAAUAACCACAACGGUGCUGUAUAUUUAAAUCGUUACGAAAAGCUUUAAAAAUGGCUCAUAUAUGUCAGAAAUGUCUUCAAAAUUUUGCCUAAACUAAUAUAAAAAGUGUAGUGUCAAAAGUAAAUAGCAAAUACCUAAUAAGUAAAUUCAAAUAUUUUUAGUAUUAUUUUUUUGACAUCAUAAUUUCAUUGUAAUUUAAAUAAUAAUUGAAUUAUCGAAUUUAAAUAAUGUAGCUCAAAACAGUCUUUUGUGAUAAAUAAUUCUGGAAUUAAGUUUCUCAUUUAUUUAAUUUGUUAUUAUAAAAAAUAUAUUUAUCUAAAAACUUUUUAAAUAUUAUGGGCCAGUUACCAUCUCACCAUAUUUUAGUUUUAAAACAUGUGGAUAUUUUGUGAUCUUAAUGUUUAGUUAUAUGCAAUUAUUUUUAAGGAGAACAUAACAGAAAUAAACAAAAUUAUUUAA